GUUAUUGCAACAUAGUCAUAGUGUUAUAGCUUGCAUGGCCGCGAGCCAGUCUUACCGGUUCUCGCCCGCGCGUGCCUCCCGCCACUCGCCAGCCUUGAGCCCCGCGACUAAUACAACUCUCAACAAGCGCUGGCAGGGUAACUACUCGCAGCACGCAUCCAACAAAGCAGCUCGGCUUUCCGUGCACGAGGCAGCAGCCUUCUCUUCUCCGCCGACGCUGAAGGCCUGGUCGCCCAGCUCCCCGAUGGCGAACCCCGGCCCCCCUCGCGAGCUCAAGAAGCUGUGCGUCUUCUGCGGAGCCAGCUCGGGGACCGAUCCUGAGUACAUGGCCGCGGCCAAAGCACUGGGCGAAUACCUCGUCAAGGAGCAGAUUGGCCUGGUGUACGGCGGCGGCACCGUGGGCCUGAUGGGCGAGAUCGCCCGCACGGUGCAGGCGGGGCUGGGCGACGAGGGCGUGCUGGGCGUUAUCCCAGAGGCGCUCACGCCGCGGGAGGUGUCCGGCAGCCUCAUCGGCAAGACCCACAUCGUGGAGGACAUGCACACGCGCAAGGCGCUCAUGGCGCAGCACGCGGACGGCUUCAUCGCCAUGCCGGGCGGCUUCGGCACGCUGGAGGAGUUGAUGGAGGUGGUGACGUGGCAGCAGCUGGGCUUCCACGCCAAGCCCAUCGCGCUGCUCAACAUCAGGGGCUUCUACGACCCACUGCUGGCCUUUGUCAAGCACGCCGUGGAGCAGGGCUUCAUCCGGCCCAUGCACAACAACCUGAUCGUGUCAUCGGAACCCGAGGAGCUGGUGGCAGCCAUGCGGGCCUUCACACCCCCUGUGUCUCUGGUUGCCUCCAUCAUGAACAGCACUGCGCCCGUGGGUCGAGACGUCAGCCUCAGCUCUCAGGAGGCGGACAAGCAGCUGCAGCAGCAGCAGCAGUAGCGCGCCUGGGUGGCGGGAGCCAGCACGUGCAGGUGCCGCACUGUUGUGACUGAGCUUAUCACCACCACCAGCAGCAGCGGCAGCAGCGGCAGCAGCGGCAGCAGCGGCGGCAGCGGCGGCAGCAGCGGCUGCUGCGGCACAGGGCCUGGCGGCAGCGGCCCUGGGACCAGCAGUUGCGGCGUGCAUGUGCGGAGCGGAGGGGGCGAGCAAGGCCACGUGGAGGAGGAGAGCGCGGCGCCGCCCAUGAAGCGGCGCCGGCGCGCAAGUUGAAGCCGGCCGGCCGGUGUCUGGUUAGGGUCUUUGCUGGCGAGCAUUGCACCGCGCAGUAUGUGGUAGGCCGCAGCAGUGAGGAGUGUUGUGGCUAGAGGAUUUCCUGCGGUUUGCUUGCCCUGUGCUGGCUGUGCUGUUGCUUGACAGCGGGACGACGUGGCUGGACGCAUGGCGGGCCGUGCCUGUACAACCCGGCGAUGUACGAGAGAUGAGCGAGGUACCGGUAGACGCUUGCGGCCUCAGACUGCUGGAGACGUGGCGUGGCUCAGUCCUUUUUCCAUGCGAGGGGAACCUCAUAUUCUUGUCAUAUGCAGCUCGCA